CGCACAUCUGACUGACGAUGAAUAGCGUAGACUGAGCGACCGAGCCUAUGACCGAGCUCUGGAGCAGAGGGCGUAGCAUGUUCCUUAUCCAGCUGGCCGGCAUACGAUUCCGUCCGCGCUAUGCGUUUGUUACGGCCGAGCGUAAUCGUGCGUAGCUCGAGCGAAAAAGGGGGGUGGCCGCGUUAUCAUCGACACGGUUUCACCGUUUCACCAAUAUCGCCUGUGACAGGCCAGCCGUGAUAGACGAACAGAAACAGCGUGUGGAGGUGUUCUGAUGGAGUCGGCUCAUAGGGCACUCUGUGAUGUCGUCCACGAAGCUUGGAAAAGCAGAAUGUGCCUGUGAAGCUGAAGGAAGGGACAGAAGAGGUCUUCGAUUGUCCUUCAAAACACAUCAUAUUGUCAUUUGUUGUUGCAAGAAGCAUCAAAAUGGUCAAAGCAGUUGUUUGCCAAGUGCUGUUUAGAGUUGCACUUCCUCUUGUUUUGUUGCUAGCGGUGCUGUUUCGCUACAAUGUGUUCUCCUUUGUGUACUUACUUCUUCUCUUGGCCAAUCCAUUAGUUCCUGGACCAAAUUCCAGGAACGCAAGUAUAGUACGAACAAACUGCUACCUCAAGACAGUUGUAGGGGCAAGCACUUUGUUUUGUGUGGCCCAAGUGGUCUACCAAAUAGUAUUGCUAUCAACACAAAGCUACAGCAAAGAGCACAAUGUUGCUGACAGCUGUGGCCUACAAGAACGCCUGCUAGCACUGGCUGGGCUUCAUCGGGCAGAUGGAAUCAAGGCACCAGAGGCACUCACUCUUCUUGGCCUAGACUUUGUUGUGCUAUUUGCGGCUGUAUUUACCUUGGUGAUCUGUGAAAAGCUUGCCACCCCUGAUGACACUCCGCGCAGUGGUGGUGGUGGUAUGCAUCGGCGACGACACACAUUCCUCAUGCUCCUGGGUGAAUUUUUAGUGCUGCUUUUAAUGGCAGCUGCAGGAAUUCUGCAUGCAUCACUCUGUUCACUGGCCUACUUUGUGGCAUUUCUUUGGUCGGCCACAUGGCUGGGCAUGCACCGUCCACUAGCAACAGGCUAUCGGGUCAUGCGCACACUGCUGCUGCUUUAUAGUGCCAUGCACUUUGUGACCCUCUACACAUACCAGCUGGACUACAUCCAGGAGCUGGUGCCACCUGCCAGCCUGCAAGCCAGGAUUUUGGGGCUGACUUCACUGCGCAUUCCUGCUUGCAAUUCAACGGGGCCAACAGAGGCAGACAUAAGGGUGCUGCAGUUUAGGUCACUGCAUUGGACACUCUACGUCAGCCCCCUGGUGUUGCUGAGUUUCUAUUUUACUGUUGCCACUGUGACUCGACUGCAACUCCUGCAGCAGUUGUCUCACGAAUCUCCCAGCUUGGCAACGACAAGUGGUGUUGUAAGCCACGUUCCUCGCCAAGACUCCAAACGCAGUUCACAGCGAUCGGCAAUCUCCUUCUCUCGAAGGCACAGAAAAGAAAGCGGGGCCGGUGUAGAUGAAGAUGCCAUCCAGAAGGCUCCACUACUGGACAAUGACCAUGUGGGUCGGUCGUACCAGAGCAUGGCUGUCAAGGCCAGUGUGGAGCCCAGUGCCAAUGUUGCCUGGACCUCUCUGGAAGGCACAGUGGGGUCUGGUGGAGUGGUACCUUCUGCUGGAGGAGCCAGUGUUGCAGCUGGCUGUGUGGCCGAGGACGACACAGUAGCAGGCAGCAUGCCUCCUGACCGAGGUCCUGGUAGCCGCCAGCUUGUGCUGCUCAUGGUGCUUCAGGGGUGCCGGCUGCUGACACGUGGCAGCUAUGUGGUCACCCUCAUAAUGAUGAUGGCCUGGAGCAUCACCUACCACUCCUGGCUUACCUUUGUGCUGUUGCUGUGGUCUUGUGUCCUCUGGAUGAUGCCCAGCUCACGGUUGGCCUGCUUGCGGUCAUCACCUGCUUUGGUGGCCUAUGCGGAGCUCCUGCUGCUGCUUCAGUAUCUGUACAGCCUUGACUUGACUGAUGAAGAGCUGCCGCCGCGGGUGAAUGCAGUCAACCUGGCCCAGGUGGGCCUGUUCAAGUAUGGCAACAACUCAUACCAGCCACUGGCUGUCAAGAUGCUGUACACAAUUAUGUUCUGGAUUACUUUGCGCCAAUAUGUGGAGCACCAGCGCACGCCCCCUGCACUUGGCAUCGAGCUUCGGCGGCAAAUGAGCAUGGGUACAUCCAGCCUUGGCGUGGGCACCCAGCUGUAUGUGCGCCGUUUGGGCCACUUAGUGCAGCAGUGGCUCACUCGCUAUUGGAUCUGGGUGGUGGCUACCAUGCUGAUGGUAAUCUCACUGGGUGGCACUGACGUGGUACUCUAUCGCAUCGCCUACAUGUUGCUUUUCUUGUUCUUCAUCCUUGUCUUCCAGGUCUCAUACCAGCUGUGGAUAAAAGUCAUGUAUGGCUUCUGGUUGACCGUGAUCAUCUAUUCAAUGCUGGUCUUGAUUCUUAUAUACACAUACCAAUUUGAGAAAUUUCCACACUACUGGCAAGCCUACUUGCACAUACCUAAAGAGAUCCAAAAGGACAUUGGUCUGGAGGUGUACCAGUCUGAUCCUGGCACUCUUUUCCUCAAACUACUGACACCAACUUUCUUUCUUAUAAUUACCAUCAUCCAGCUGCAUUAUUUUCACCAGGAGUUUAUUAAGCUCAAUGAAGACAACUACCGCAACCAUCCAAAUAGCAAUGAAGAUGAGCCAGGUGCCACUGAAGGAAGGCCCCAUCCCCAAGUUGUGCCUCCAACUCAAACAGUGGAUGUGACUAUUCCAGUGGAAGCGCCACCUCCAGUGGUAGCACCUAGCCCACCACGCCGCCACUCAGAUGCCGAAAAUUCUGACGAGGUGGCCACACCUGCCACAGUGGUACCACGUGCUGCUAAAGUUAGCCAGUCACAACCACCAGAAGAUGCUGCCUCUCCCAAGAAAUCCAAGUUGCGGUGGGCAUCCCAUCGCUAUAGCUAUUACUCCCUUGGCAAUCACCUACGCUACCUGCGCAGACGCCGCGAUUCUGCGUGGAUGUCUCUCGAACGCAUUGGCAGCAUGCUGUCCAACGUAGCCGAAGUGUGCUGGCGUUUGCUUGAAAUUCAUAUGAUGAAAGUCGUGCUGCUGGCAGUCUUCAUUCUGGCAAUAUAUGAUGUGUGUGCAGUGCACAUCAUAUUUGUGGCACUUGUUGUGGUGGCCUUACCAUUCCGCUGGAUGCAGCUUUUCCUCACCCACUGCUGCUCUAUGUGGGCCUCCAUGCUGCUGCUUGCCAAGAUGAUAUACCAGCUGAACUUUGUUGAUCGUUAUGGCUGGGCCACAAACUGCUCAAGCGUCACUGGGUUUGAUGGAAAUGCAACUGAAUUCCCAGCUCCAUUUAAUUCUACCAUAGACAACAGGAUUUGGAUCGGGUUUCAAAAAACAACAAAUCUUACCUCAUAUUGUAAGGGCUACAUUAUGCUGAUAGUAGUAUUUUCAGCACACGCAAUGGUGCGUUACAGACAGCGCUUCUACCGAGCACGACAUGAGCUUCCAGAGCCACGCCCUGGUGUAGUCUUUAUUCAAGCCAGUCGCUCCAAUGCUGAUGAUGGUAUCAAACAGUGCCUUAUGUACCUGCUCAAUUAUUUCUUCUACAAAUUUGGUGUGGAGGUGUGCUUUGUGACAAUGGUCACCUGCAUUGGAAUGCGGCUUGAUGUUUUUGCACUGAUGACAUCACUGUGGCUUUGUGCCAUGUUUCUGCUACGCCGACGAAAUCUUGCCAAAGUGUGGCCAUUCUAUGUGGCGUACCUCUGCUUCGUACUGCCCCUCCAGUACUUGGUCGUGGUUGGGUUACCCCCAGGCCUUUGCAUUGAAUAUCCAUGGUGGGAUCCAUCAAAAAAGGUUUUAAGGGAAACGGCACUGUGGCUAUUUCUACCUGACUACCAAGACCCACCUCUGGCACGAAAAAUUCUUGUGGAUUUUGUUCAACUUCUGUUUGCCUGCUGUCAACUCUAUGUGUUCUUCCUGGAAAGUUCACACUCAAACAUUGCAUAUGAAGGUGGCUCCAACAGGGAAAUUUAUGACAACACUGGCCGUUACAUUGGCCAAACACCUAACCCUAUAUCUGACUUUGUCACCUACACAAGGUCAUAUCUGUCAAUGGUGAAAGUAUUCCUCUUCUUUUCCUUCUACUGGAUCACCCUGGCAGUGAUGUUCCUUGCUGGCACUAAUCGCGUCAGCCUCUUUGCCAUGGGUUAUGUGCUUGGCUGUUUUUUCUUCCUAUGGAAUGGAAAUGAAUUUUACCUCAAGCCUAUGAAUGUUCUCCUGAAGAUGUGGAAUACAUUGCUGGCCUAUAACGUUGUUGUCAUCUUCAUCAAAUGUAUUCUCCAGGUGGUUGGUUGCGUCUUCUUGGACUAUCUGUCGAAGUACUCCUGCUGGAUGGUCCAGCUCUUUGGGAUUGCUUGUCUCAAGCGCCUGCAGAAUGAGCCACUUCCUGGGAGCAGCACUGCAUUUUCCAGCGCAGCAGGUGGAAGUUGCCGGGUGCCUUUAGAUGAAGCUGGCCUACUUUGGGAUGGCAUCUGCCUGGCCUUCUUGCUGAUGCAGAAGCGGUUGUUCACCUCCUAUUACUUCCAUCAUCUCAUCAUUGAGAUCUUGGCCCAGCAGCAGCUGGCCUCACGGGGAGCUGAAAUGAUACACGAGAUUCAAAUGAAGGAUGUGCAAGAACAAAGAGCAGCGGAGAGAGACAUCAUGGAAAAAAUAAAACGGAAGAUGGACAAAAUUCGUGCGAACCAGCACAAAGUUAGGGCUGGUGAAUAUGUUGAACCAGAGACACACUUUCAAGCCAUACGCUCCGGGGACUACUACCUUUUUGAUGACUUUGCUGGAAUGGAUAUUGAUCUUGACCUUGAUGUCAAAAGUCGAAAAGCUGCUGAAGAGGAAGAUGCAGAUGUCAAAGUCCGAGGCAUCAAUGCUCUGCUGAGUAAUGCAAUGAAAAGUGGAACCAUAAAGUGUGCAUCAGAAGAUGCUCGCUUGGUGUCCGAGGAGGCAGAUGAUGUUAAUGAGUCAAGCCGUCUAUCUCCUAUUGUGAGCAUGGACCGAUCACCACUCAGUCGCACCGUUUCUGGAACAUCACAGCCCUCCAAGUCAUCUAGCAGACCAUUGCCAAGUGCAAGUGACUUGCCUUCCACGAGUGCUGACGAGGCAGUCCUCCCAGAGGACCCCCGUCAUGACACUCUUGAGGGAGAGACUGCUCUUGCACCCACCGCUAGUGCCACCGCUGCUGCUCCCGCUGCGGCUCCCACUGCUGCUCCCACCAUCGCACUUUCUAGUGGUCCCACUGCUUCCAAGCUUUCACAGCCUCAAGAGCCUAGCCAGGUGCCAGGGAGUGAAGUGCCACCACCGGAAAGCACAGCUCAACAGCCACCAGUGGAGGACACAUAUGCUGAACGGAUACGCAGCCUUCUGGCCUUUGGCUGGGCUCUUCUGGACAGCAUGCUGAUCAGUGCCACUGCCAAGCUCAAUUCAGUCUCUCGUGACUAUCGUUAUGUGGCACGCAAGCUUGCCGACGAAAAGCGCAUUGUCAAGGCUCAGUUUGUUCAUGGCCUUGCCACCACACUUGGAGAGCACACUGUGAAAAGCAGGAAGUUCCACUUCCAUGAACACUCUACAGAGAGUCACCAUGCUAAGACUGUGCCUGACAAGAAAAGCAGUGAGGAAAUGCUCCUCAGUGGGAGUCUGGAAAUGGUAGAUGGUCCUGACAAGCAAGAUGGUCACAAGCACCACCCUUCAUUAGUGCGUUUUUUGAUUGCAUGCUACUAUGCUAUUGUGUCACGCUCUGAAGUUGUUUGCUACCUAGUCAUCGUCCUUAACCAAAUGAAGUCAGCCAGCCUGCUCUCAUUGCCACUGCCUCUGAUGGCAUUCCUGUGGGGCUCAUUAUCAGUGCCACGUCCAACCAAGACUUUCUGGAUCACAAUCAUCACCUAUACUGAAGCUAUUGUUGUUGUCAAGUACCUCUUCCAAUUUGACUUCUUCGACUGGAAUGACUCGGUGCCUGUAACCAGGCCAUUUGACCCUCCGCGCAUUUUGGGCAUUGAGAAGCGCAAGGAGGACAAUGACUACGCACUCUAUGACCUGCUCUUGCUCUUGCUGGUCUUCUUUCACCGCUUCAUGCUCAAGAGCCUUGGCCUUUGGAAAGAUACCGACCGAAGUGUCAGUGUGUCUGCCAUUCAGCAACAAGAGCCAGUGUCAAAUGAGGAACAGUACUUCACAGCAGCUAGACGGGCAUCUGAGCACAGUGUGGCAGCACCUGGUUUCCUCGCCAGUGUACCACCGGAUCAGCUGCCCGGUACCAGUGGGACUCUAGAACUGUCAGCUUUACCAGUGGAUACUGCUUCAUCAGCCUCAAGGUGCUAUGAUGAUGUCAUACCUGGGCAAAGUGGAUUGGAAGAGAGUUUUGUUCACCUGAGCAAGCUUUUCGAUGGCAUUUCCCGCUACGUGGAACCAUUCCGCAACUUCUUCGAAAAUCUUUUGCACCCUGUGUACAGAGUAACUACAGAUGUUUAUGCCUACAUGUUCUUCUGUGACUUCAUCAACUUCUUCAUCAUGGUCUUUGGCUACUGGGCCUUUGGUACUGGAGGAUCCGAAGAUGGCGUUGCCUCAUAUUUUCAGAAAAAUGAGGUUCCUGUGCCUUUCCUUAUCAUGCUGUUGGCCCAGUUUGCUCUAAUUGUGAUCGACCGGGCACUCUACCUACGCAAGUACAUCCUGGGCAAGCUGAUCUUCCAGGUGUUCAUAGUGUUUGUCAUCCACAUCUGGAUGUUUUUUGUGCUGCCAGGCAUUUCUCAGCGACCCUUCGUGGAAGAAAAGAACUUGCCACCAAAACUGUGGUAUUUCAUCAAGUGCAUUUACCUGAUCCUCUCUGCAUAUCAAAUACGGUCUGGCUAUCCAACACGGAUCCUGGGCAACUUCUUCUGCAAGAAGUACAACUAUAUUAAUUAUUUCCUUUUUAAAGGCUACAUGUUGAUUCCUUUCUUAUAUGAGCUGCGUUCGCUCAUGGACUGGAUUUGGACAGACACAAGCAUGAAUUUGACCAACUGGCUUAAAAUGGAAGACAUAUUUGCCAACGUGUUCUUGCUCAAGUGUCAGCGACGAGCUGAGGAAGAGUACCCAACUCCUAGGGGUUCACGACGUUCGUCACUCACCAAGUACGGCUUGGGUGGCGUCAUGCUGUUUGCCAUCAUUUUGGUCAUCUGGUUCCCACUGCUGCUCUUCUCGUUGGGCAACACAGUUGGCCAGACCCUUCUCCCACAUGACUGUACUGUGGAGCUGAGCCUUGGUGGCUAUGAGCCCAUCUUCAAGAUCAGUGCACAGCAGGGAAACCUGCGACAGCUGCCCUAUGAUAGCUGGGUCCGUCUGCAGGCGGAGUACAAGUCCAGUGCAGCAGCCCAAGCAUUUCUGGCCAAUUAUGAUGCAGCCGAUGUCGCUGUGGUGACCUUGAAUGGCAACUCAACUGCCAUAUGGACAGUGAGUCCCCCGAGCCAGGAGGCCCUUAUUGCAGAGUUGAACCGCUCAGAUGCAACUGUGCCCCUUCGUCUCAGCUGGGCCUUCUCUCGAUUAGUGGAUAACACCAACGCAGAGAAAGUUGUCGGCAAUGAGCACACAGUGCUACUUUCUGAUAAAGGUGUGCGGCAGAGUUUGGCGAGCAUGCUUAAUGGAAACCAAACUAGUGUUAUGGUACCUACCAUCUUGCCACGCUUCCUCCUGGUACCACGCAAGGGCAAGUCUGACGUUAUUCAUGCACUAGACACACCUGGCAUGGAUGCAUACCGCAACUUGACUCUUCGACUGCGAACAGGAGCCUUCAACAACUUGAGUGCUCGCAGUGAAUGGUGGGAAGUACAAGAGCACUGCACAGAUUCGUAUCCGUACCCGUUCCUGCGUGACGAUCAAGGCGCAUGCACUGACUUGAGUCUAGUUGUCUUCAACGACAAAGUCUUCCCUCAAGCCCUCUCACAACUAACAGGAUAUGGAAUUGUAGGGCUGUACACCACCUUCGUGCUCGUCGUUUCCCGUUUGAUUCGUGGUUUCAUGGCUGGCAGCUCGUUCACCAUCAUGUUUGACGACAUGCCUAAUGUGGAUCGUGUGCUCCAGCUUUGCCUCGACAUCUACCUUGUGCGGGAGAGCCGUGAAUUAAGCCUUGAAGAAGACCUGUUUGCCAAACUGAUAUUCUUGUAUCGUUCCCCAGAGACUUUAAUCAAAUGGACACGUGCUGCAGACCAGCAACCACUAGCCUAAUUGCAUCAAUAUCGACGGAUUCUGUUGCAGUUUACUGAUUAUGUUGUGACAUUUUGAUAUUUCCAUUGUUUUUAUCUUCACUGCAUUGAGGACAGAGACUGUGGCAACCAACUUAUUGCACCAAGGGUGCUCACGCCCACCCACCCAUCUACUUUUAAAAAUGUGCCUGCCUUUCAUUAUGGGCGUUGCAAUACUUACCAAGACAUCGUUGGAACCAGAAGAAAUCUUAGACUAUGCAAAAUAUUAUAUAGUAUAAUAACAAGCAGCAUUUCUCUUUUGUACAACAUACAACAAGCCUUGUUGUUUUUGGUGAGUGCCAUAAUUUAGGGCACUUGUUCUGGUCUUUCAGAUUGUGGUGGUGUGCAGUGAUUUGUAUCAUUUGUAAUAUAUUUUUGUACGGUGAUGCAUAGAAACAUCAGAAGGUUCAUUGUGCUCGGAUAUCUAGUCUUGUAUGCGCAUGCCUGAUGUGAGAUACUGUUUUAUUGAACUAGAUAGGCCAACAAAACUGGCAUAUGGAGGGUUUGUUCCUGAUGAUGAUGCAACCUGAAUGUAAGGACUGUAAUAUUCUUAUACUGAAAGAUGAAACUUCAGUGUAAAGCUUCUGAGCAUUUUUACUGUUCGAAUUGUUUUAUUAAAUGUAUUAUAAGUUCCUGCAUCAAAAUGAAUCGGGGGGCUUGUUCUUGCUUGAAGUUGAGUUUUUUCAUUUAUGAUAUAGCAGAAAGCUGCUUAUGAGUCAAUUUUAGCGGCAUGUAAUUGAAAUCUUGUCCGAUUACUCAUACUUGUACUUUUUGCAUGGGAAUGGUAUUUAAAUUAAUGGCUCUGGAGCUGUAACACCUUUUAUUUAAAAAAUAAAAAUUCACUAUGAACGUUCACACUUCCA